UCCGAGUGAAAGUGAAUAUGAAAAUAAACCUAAAUCCGAGUGAAUUUGGAUUUGGUGUUCUGAAAUCCGAACUUUUUGUUCAUUUUAGAACUCGUUUUUCAUUCACCGCAAAAAUGAACUUAACAGCUGACAGCUGUCAAUUUUCCCAAAAUUAAUUAUAAAUUUUUGAAGAAAAAUCGCAAAAUGAGUGCUUUAACAGCGUUUGCCACUAUUUCUACGGAAAUGGCGGAUCAUGCAGAAGCAGCUCUUAAUAGAAGGAUACUGCGAGACCAUUCAAAUCCAUUUGAUGUGACUGAGUUGGCCUUUGUGUCCAACUACAGGGUCAACAAAGACGCUUUCCUUAUGCUGCUAAACGUUGUGGACAAUGACAUAAAGCACACGCCUAUUCCAGUGCAAUUACACCUCGCGGUCUUGAAAGGUUGCCCUUUACAGGACCAUAUUGCUGCCAUGCCAGAUUUGUCUGCAAUCCACUUUCCGGAUGAUGGCGACGUCAAUGUACUAUUCUAUGAAUGUCUGGCCUAG